GUAGUCGCACCGUCGCCGAGGACCCCACACGGCCUCCGGCGCACGCGGAUGACGUAAGCGGCGCGCCAAGAUUCGAGGAACUCGGGACAGCUGAAGCAGCUUCCACCAGGGACAGCUGCCAAGAUGGCCCUGGUCCUUCGCUUCUAUGUCCGGCCCUCUGGCCAUGAGGGGGCAGCCUCUGGACACACUCGAAGAAAACUGCAGGGGAAGCUGGCAGAGCUGCAGGGCGUGGAAACUGAGCUGUGCUACAACGUGAACUGGACAGGCGAGGCCCUCCCAAGUGCUAAGGAGAUGAAGAAGCUGAUGUGGCUGUUUGGCUGCCCCUUACUGCUGGAUGAUGUUGCUCAGGAGUCCUGGCUCAUCCCCGGCGCCAAUGACCUGCUGUUGGAGGUCGGGCCCAGGCUGAACUUCUCCACCCCGACAUCCACCAACAUUGUGUCCGUGUGCCACGCUGCUGGGCUGGGGGCUGUGGAUCGUGUGGAGGUUACCCGGCGCUACCGGCUUUCGUUUACCCACCCUCCUUCGGCUGAGGUGGAGGCUGUUGCUGUGGCUACCCUCCAUGACCGGAUGACGGAGCAGCACUUCCCCCACCCCAUCAAGAGCUUCUCCCCUGACAGCAUCCCAGCCCCGCUCCACGGCCCCAUUGAUAUCCUGGCUGAGGGGCGCUGUGCUCUAGAGAAGGCCAACCGGGAGCUAGGCCUGGCCCUAGACUCCUGGGACCUGGAUUUUUACACCAAACGCUUCCAGGAGCUACAGCGGAACCCCAGCACUGUGGAGGCCUUUGACUUGGCUCAGUCCAAUAGCGAACACAGCCGACACUGGUUCUUCAAAGGUCAGCUCCAUGUGGACGGGCAGCAGCUGGCACACUCGCUGUUCGAGUCCAUCAUGAGCACCCAGGCGUCCUCCAACCCCAACAAUAUCCUCAAGUUCUGUGACAACAGCAGCGCAAUCCGGGGGAAGGAGGUCCAUUUCCUGCGGCCUGCGGACCCUACACAGCCAAGCCCCUUCCAGCAACAGCAGGGGCUGAGACACGUCGUCUUCACAGCAGAGACUCACAACUUCCCUACAGGGGUGGCCCCCUUCAGUGGUGCCACCACGGGCACUGGGGGCCGGAUCCGAGAUGUCCAGUGCACAGGCCGUGGGGCCCAUGUGGUGGCCGGCACUGCUGGUUAUUGCUUUGGAAACCUGCACAUCCCAGGAUACAGUCUGCCCUGGGAGGAUCCCGGCUUCCAGUAUCCUGGGAACUUUGCCCUGCCCCUGGAGGUUGCCAUUGAGGCCAGUAACGGGGCAUCUGACUAUGGCAACAAGUUUGGGGAACCAGUGCUGGCUGGCUUUGCCCGUUCCUUCGGGCUCCAGCUCCCAGAUGGCCCACGGCGUGAGUGGAUCAAGCCUAUCAUGUUUAGUGGGGGCAUUGGGUCCAUGGAGGCCGAGCAUGUGAGCAAGGAGCCUCCAGAGCCAGGCAUGGAGGUUGUAAAGGUGGGGGGUCCUGUCUACAGGAUUGGAGUUGGGGGUGGAGCAGCUUCGUCGGUGCAGGUGCAGGGAGAUAACGCCAGCGAGCUGGACUACGGAGCAGUGCAGCGGGGAGACCCGGAGAUGGAGCAGAAGAUGAAUCGCGUGAUCCGAGCGUGUGUGGAGGCCCCCACGAGGAAUCCCAUCUGCAGCCUCCAUGACCAGGGUGCCGGUGGCAAUGGCAAUGUCCUGAAGGAGCUGAGCGAGCCAGCGGGAGCCAUCAUUUACACCAGCCGCUUCCAGCUGGGGGACCCCACCCUGAAUGCCCUGGAAAUCUGGGGGGCUGAGUACCAGGAGUCAAACGCGCUGUUGCUAAGGCCCCUGCACCGGGACUUCCUGACUCGCGUCAGCGUGCGGGAGCGCUGCCCGGCUAGCUUCGUGGGCACCAUCACUGGAGACAGGAGGAUUGUGCUGGUGGAUGAUCGCCAGUGUCCUCUGGGAGGAAAUGGCCAGGGGGAUGCUCCCCCAACCCCCGUGGACCUGGAACUCGACUGGGUGCUGGGCAAGAUGCCUCAGAAGAAGUUCAUCCUCCAGAGGGAACCCCCUGUGCUGCAGCCCCUGGCCUUGCCCCCAGGACUGAGUGUGCGCCAGGCUCUGGAGCGGGUUCUGAGGCUGCCUGCAGUGGCCAGCAAGCGCUACCUCACCAACAAGGUGGACCGCUCCGUGGGUGGCCUGGUGGCCCAGCAGCAGUGUGUGGGGCCUCUGCAGACUCCCCUGGCAGACGUAGCAGUGGUGGCACUGAGUCACCAGGAGCUUGUAGGGGCCGCCACAGCCCUGGGAGAGCAGCCAAUCAAGAGCCUGCUGGACCCCAAGGUCGCCGCCCGCCUGGCUGUGGCUGAAGCCCUCACCAACCUAGUGUUUGCUCUGGUCACCGACCUCCGGGACGUGAAGUGCAGUGGGAACUGGAUGUGGGCAGCCAAGCUCCCUGGGGAGGGUGCAGCUCUGGCUGAUGCCUGUGAGGCUAUGGUGGCCGUGAUGGCGACCCUGGGUGUGGCAGUGGACGGUGGCAAGGACUCCCUCAGCAUGGCUGCCCGGGUCGGCACUGAGACUGUGCGGGCUCCCGGGUCGCUGGUUAUCUCAGCCUAUGCCGUCUGUCCAGACAUCACAGCCACCGUAACCCCAGACCUCAAGCAUCCUGGAGGGACAGGCCGUCUGCUCUACGUGCCCCUGAGCCCUGGGCAGCACCGGCUGGGGGGCACUGCCCUGGCCCAGUGCUUCUCCCAGCUCGGGGAUCAGCCUCCUGACCUGGACCUUCCUGAGAACUUGGUGCGCGCUUUCUGCAUCACCCAGGGGCUGCUGAAAGAUCGCCUGCUCUGCUCGGGCCAUGAUGUCAGCGACGGAGGCCUCGUCACCUGCCUGCUAGAGAUGGCCUUUGCUGGCAACUGCGGGAUAGAGGUGGAUGUACCUACCCCUGGGGCCGACGUGUUGCCGGUGCUGUUUGCUGAGGAGCCAGGCCUGGUGCUGGAAGUGCAGGAGGCACACCUGGCUUCCGUGCUGCAGCGUUACCGGGGUGCUGGCCUGCAGUGCCUGGAUCUGGGCCGCACAGGCGAGGCCGGGCCCCACGCCACGGUCCGCGUGUCGGUGAACGGAUCUGUGGUUCUGGAAGAGCCUGUGGGGCAGCUGCGAGCCCUGUGGGAGGAGACGAGCUUCCAGCUGGACCGGCUGCAGGCGGAGCCACGCUGGGUGGCAGAGGAGGAACAGGGCCUGAGGGAGAGGACAGGGCCCAGCUACUGCCUGCCCCCCACCUUUCCCAAAGUCUCUGUGCCCCGUGAACCUGGAGGCCCUGCGCCCCGAGUCGCCAUCCUUCGAGAAGAGGGCAGUAAUGGGGACCGGGAGAUGGCUGACGCCUUCCACUUGGCUGGGUUUGAGGUGUGGGAUGUGACCAUGCAGGACCUCUGCUCUGGCGCCAUCGGGCUGGACACGUUCCGUGGUGUGGCCUUCGUGGGCGGCUUCAGCUAUGCAGACGUCCUGGGCUCUGGCAAAGGAUGGGCUGCGGCUGUGACCUUUAAUCCACAGGCUGGAGGUGAGCUGAGGCGCUUCCGGAAGCGGCCAGACACCUUCAGCCUGGGCGUGUGUAACGGCUGUCAGCUGCUGGCUCUGCUGGGCUGGGUGGGAGGCGACCCCGAGAAGGAGGAGGAGGCAGGCCAUGACUCCUGGCCAGCCCAGCCCGGCCUCCUGCUGCGCCACAACCUGUCCGGGCGUUUUGAGUCUCGCUGGACCAGCAUUCGUGUGGGUCCUGGGCCAUCCGUGAUGCUGCGAGGAAUGGAGGGUGCCGUGUUGCCUGUGUGGAGCGCCCACGGGGAAGGCUACAUGGCAUUUUCUUCUCCUGAACUCCAAGCCCAGAUUGAGGCCCAGGGCUUGGCCCCACUGCACUGGGCAGACGACGAUGGGAACCCAACAGAACAGUACCCUCUGAAUCCCAAUGGGUCCCCAGGGGGCGUGGCUGGCAUCUGCUCCCGUGACGGCCGCCACCUGGCUCUCAUGCCUCACCCUGAGCGGGCUGUGAGGCCGUGGCAGUGGGCUUGGCGGCCCCCUCCAUUUGACACCCUGACCGCCUCCCCCUGGCUCCAGCUCUUCAUCAAUGCCCGAAACUGGACCCAGGAAGGAAGCUGCUGAGGGAGGCUCACCAGGCCUCAUGAUUUGGCCGUCCCCUGAGGGUCUGCUGCUCUGCUCUCCAUGCCACCACCCCUUCAGGGGCAGCUGUGUUUCCAGAAGGAUCUCGGACAGACAAGGACCACAGUGCCAGCCACAUCCCAGGGGACUUGAUGAGACUGCAUCUGUUUCUGCCUUGCGCUGCCGCCUGUUUUCAGUUCUGCUCUGAUGUGCAGGACACGUGGCUCAGAGGAGGGAGCCUGUGGUGGGAAGUCAGGGUGCAGGGAGGGGUUCCCCAGGCUGUCCCUCGUUUCCCCCAUAAGCAGCAGCCACAUCGUGCCCUAGCUCCCUCCUCUGGGCUCCGAGCCAUGCUCUGUGUCCCCUUUCCUCAUCCCUGGGGGUUAGAGGAUGGGGCCAGGGGCACACAAGGUACAGCUCAGCCCUGUGACCUCAUAUUCUCAUCUGGAAAACAGAAGCUUCCUGUUGUCCUGCUAAAACGCUGAGCUGUGCUGAGUGUAAGGAAUUCUGCAGAAGCUUCCUUGACAAGGUUUCCUGCAGCCAGUCUGGUGCUGGCCCCUGAGCGCCAUAUUCCCAGUAGCUGCUUCUCCUAAUUGUAGCAGCCCCCUUGCUGAUAAAAGUGGUUCUCAUGGCACCCUCACCCCUGGAUCAGAGCCUUAGGGCGCUGGAGCCCUACCUCUUCCUUCCAUUCAUGUUCGCUGAUUAGGCUACUGUGCCAGACAGCCUCGCUGUUCCCAGGAAGCUUGUGGUCUGAAAGAAUCUGAAAGAAUAGCUGUCUAUAGCACCAGAGCCAGGCAGGUGCUAGGCAUUGUGUGUGUGUUUCACUGAAUGCUCACAAAAGGUCAGCAGAGGCACUUGACCACCCUCUCCUUAACAAAGGGAGAGUUAGGGUUAGUGAAGUUGCCUAGGGUCACACUCUUUGUUGUAAGGUACAGCCGGGAGACCCUGCUCCCCGGGGCUACACCUGCUUCCCACCGUCCUGCAGUCACAUUUCCUCGGAACCAGCAUCCAUGAAGGUUUUCUUGCUGGCACCUGUGACGUCGUCCGUGGCCUCCGUUGCUCUCAGGGUUGUACAGAGGUCCCUCUGGUCAAUCAGUUGGCCCAAAAGUGUUCGACAUCUUAAUUAAAGGAGUUUCCCUGGGAACAGACUGGAAUCUCAGAUCUCUGAGGGCAGAAGGGCCUGGAGGGGGAGAGACUGAUAGGUGGGCCUUGUGGUGCAGCAGGUGGGAGAAGGGUUCCAUCGGCCCUAUUUCACUUCACUUCCCCCAGUGAUUCCUUGGAUUUUGUCAUCACCCAGAUCUGCUCUGCCUCCAAACGCUUAUGCGAGUACGCUGCUCCCUGUCACCCUGCUGUUCCUUCUAUGGCACCAGAUCUCAAGUCAGCAGUACCUUCAGUGUGUUACUACUUUUCUCCAACCCAUUUCUCCUGUCCUGGUUCAACCUCCAGGGACAGCCUUUCCAGUGGCCUUGAGCUUUAUGUAGUAUCUUUUUAUCAUUCACAUCUGACAAAAUCCCAACUCACCUGCUUCCUGUAAGGAUGCCAGACCACACAGCUGGUUGUCUCGUUAUAAAUUCAUCAUUAACCCACCUAUAGCGGAGCUUUGGAAGUCGGUGCCAAUCUAGGGGUUAAAGGUAAUGGAAAGUGCUCGAGUGGAACUUCAAAGAUAAUAUGUCUGGGACUGGAGCAGCAGGUUGGGCCAUAGCCUGUGACCCUGGCAUCCCAUGUGAGUGCCAGUUCAAGUCCUGGCUGCUCCAUUUCUGAUCCAGCUCCCUGCUAAUGCACCUAGGAAAGCAGUGGGAGACCGGUCAGAUGCUUGGCCCCCUGCUACCCACAUGAGAGACCUGGAUGGAGUUCCAGUCUCUUGGCUUCAGCCUGACUACUGGGGCCACUGGAGAGUGAACCAGUGGAUGGACAGUCUCAGCUCUGCCUCUCUACCUUUGAAAUCAAGUAGAUCUUAAAAAAAAAAAAAAAAAAAGCCGUAAACUCCAGAUAAUGAUGACCUCCACUUUGUAUGCCUGAGUUCUACAAACCUUAAACCAUUUACAACAACACCCAAGACUAAUAACCUAACACCUUGCACCAUGCCCAGCACCUACUAUGUACUCAAUAAACAUGAAAAAAUACAAAUAUGGAUGAUAAAAAUCAGUAAAGCUUGGGACAGGCAUUUGGCGCAGCAGCUAAGAAGCUACUUGGGAUACCUGUGUUCCAUACUGGAGUGCCUGGCGUCAGGCCCUGGCUCUGCUUCCAGUUCCAGCUUCCUGCUAUUGCAUACCCUUGGAGGCAGCAUGCAAUGGCUCCCCUGCCACCCAUGAGGGAGACCUGGAUAGAGUUCCUGGCUCCUGACUUCAGCCUGGUCCCGCCCCAGCUGUCAAUCUC